AUGUUCAAUUGUAUAUAAAAAUGUCUGCCAUAACAUUGCUGCGAAAUGUUGUUGGAAAACAAAUAUUUAAUUCUUUGGUUAAUACAAUCCCAGUCUCGUUUCAAAUACAACCUAGAAGAAAUCGAUGGAAAUUACUUAAACUUUCAGAACCAGGUAUUCCAGGAGAAAGUUACAGACGAAUCGUACAUUUCAAAGAUGAAUAUACGAUCGAACCACUGCAGGUUACUAAUUUAGCUGGUCGAGAUCCUGUAUCAGGAAGAAUAAUAGUUAAAGGUAUUGGUGGUGGUAUAAAACACAAGUAUCAUUGGAUAAAGUGGGUAAGGGAUGGUCCGACUGAUUUGAAUGAAAAACCUAAAGAGGAAAAGGUACUAGAAGUUUUCAAGGAUGGUUGUAGAACGUGCUUUGUCGCUCUUGUUGGUUCGGGUGACGAUUUGAAAUACAUUUUAGCGACAGAAAACAUGAAGCCUGGAGAUAUCAUAAAAACACACAAAGGUAUCCCGCAUAAUCCUGUAAGGGCAAAUGAGGGUGAUGCUUAUCCCUUGGGUGCUCUACCGAUUGGUACAAUUGUGAACUGUGUUGAAAAAUAUCCUGGACUUGGAGGAAGUCUUAUUCAUUCGGCUGGAACCUCUGGUACGAUAAUUAGCACGGAUGGAGUAGAUAGGACAGUCGUGCAAGUACCUAGUAAGAGAAAGUUUAGUUUAGACAAUAGAUGUAUGGCAACAAUAGGACGAUUGUCGAACAUUAUGCACGGUUCUACACCAAUCGGUAGCGCUCAAAAGAAUCGCGAACUGGGUAAUCGUCCAAGAAGUGGUCUUUGGCAACGAAAGACUGGCAGAUUUGGAAGGAAAAUAAAACCGCCAAAGCGUCUUAGACAGUUAGGUGUCAAUGGUGAAUUUCUUUCAAAACCUACAAUUGUUUCUUGUAGUAUAUCUGGUCUUGAUUAAUUCUUUAAAUUUAUGUUAAUUUUAUGAUAUACUCACACACACACACACACACACACACAAAUAUAUAUACACAUAUAUACUUAUUCGAAUAAUAAAAACUCUUAUAAUUGAUUGAAGUCUUCUCUUUAUUGUCUUUGUUAUUUCUUUGAACUUGGAUAAUUCGAAGAUUAGAGAUCGAUAAUCGAGUUAAUAAUUAAUACUUUUAUAUGGAAUGUUUUUGGAAUGUAUAUGCAUAACUGACAGUAUAAACUUUUGUACAAUCCCUCCACUUCCAGAGACGGCUAAUAAUUAGUUAUUUAAUCAGUUAUGUAUUAUUGUGUUACUUCUGACUUGAUGUAUCCUUAAUUAAGACAUUGUGUACUCAUCCGAAGCGAUUCUUUGAAUUCCUAAUUACAGGCCUUUAUUAUAGUAGACCGUUUGAACGUCAGGAUCUCGAGAUCGUAUCUCUUCUUGGACUUCGGGUUCCAGCUUGUCCACACUGAUCGGUACUCGUUGAACGAAAAGAGCACAACAGAGUGGUGUGGCAAACGUUAAACAAAUUCCGCAAAUAAUGACUUGAAUCGGUGCAGAAGCCCAUUUAACAUUUUUUAAUAUAUUUCGUUUCUCUAUGUAGUUCAUUAUGAUAGGCGAGAGUACUGUAAUAUAAAAUAAAAUGAUUGUCUUUAUAUAUA